AUGCUCUCCCCGGACGCCCCAGAGCGUCGCAAUGCUCUACCCGGAUGCCCCAGAGCGUCCCGAUGCUCUCCCCGGACGCCCCAGAGCGUCGCGAUGCUCUCCCCGGACGCCUCAGAGCGUCGCGAUGCUCUCCCCGGACGCCCCAGAGCAUCGCGAUGCUCUCCCCGGAGGCCCCAGAGCGUCGCGAUGCUCUCCCCGCACGCCCCAGAGCAUCGCGAUGCUCUCCCUGGACGCCCCAGAGCAUCGCGAUGCUCUCCCCGGACGCCCCAGAGCGUUGCGAUGCUCUCCCCGGACGCCCCAGAGCGCCACGAUGCUCUCCCCGGACGCCCCAGAGCGUCGCGAUGCUCUCCCUGGACGCCCCAGAGCGUCGCGACGCUCUCCCCAGCCGCCCCAGAGCGUCGUGAUGCUCUUCCCGGACGCCACAGAGCGUCGCGAUGCUCUCCCCGGACGCCCCAGAGCGUCGCGAUGCUCUCCCCGGACGCCCCAGAGGGUCGCGAUGCUCUCCCCGGACGCCCCAGAGCAUCGCGAUGCUCUCCCCGGACGCCCCAGAGCGUCGCGAUGCUCUCCCCGGACGCCUUAGAGCAUCGCGAUGCUCUCUCCGGACGCCCCAGAGCGUCGCGAUGCUCUCCCCAGAUGCCCCAGAGCGUCGCGAUGCUCUCCCCGGAUGCCCCAGAGCAUCGCGAUGCUUUCCCCGGACGCCCCAGAGCGUCGCGAUGCUCUCCCCGGACGCCCCAGAGCGUCGCAAUGAUCUACCCGGAUGCCCCAGAGCGUCCCGAUGCUCUCCCCAGACGCCCCAGAGCGUCGCGAUGCUCUCCCCGGACGCCUCAGAGCGUCGCGAUGCUCUCCCCGGACGCCCCAGAGCAUCGCGAUGCUCUCCCCGGAGGCCCCAGAGCGUCGCGAUGCUCUCCCCGCACGCCCCAGAGCAUCGCGAUGCUCUCCCUGGACGCCCCAGAGCAUCGCGAUGCUCUCCCCGGACGCCCCAGAGCGUCGCUAUGCUCUCCCCGGACGCCCCAGAGCAUCGCGAUGCUCUCCCCGAACGCCCUAGAGCGUCGCGAUGCUCUCCCCGGACGCCCCAGAGCGUCGCGAUGCUCUCCCCGGACGCCCCAGAGCGUCCCAGACGCCCCAGAGCGUCGCGAUGCUCUCGCCAGCCGCCCCAGAGCGUCGCGAUGCUCUCCCCGGACGCCCCAGAGCGUCACGAUUCUCUCCCCGGACGCCCCAGAGCGUCGUGAUGCUAGCGUCGUGAUGCUCUCCCCGGACGCCCCAGAGCGUCGCGAUGCUCUCCCCGGACGCCCCAGAGCGUCGAGAUGCUCUCCCCGGACGCCCCAGAGCAUCGCUAUGCUCUCCCCGGACGCCCCAGAGCGUCGCGAUGCUCUCCCCGGACGCCCCAGAGCGUCGCGAUGCUCUCCCCGGACGCCCCAGAGCGUCGCGAUGCUCUUUCCGGACGCCCCAGAGCGUCGCGAUGCUCUUCCCGGACGCCCCAGAGCGUCGCUAUGCUCUCCCCUGACGCCCCAGAGCGUCGCGAUGCUCUCCCCAGACGCCCCAGAGCGUCGCGAUGCUCUCCCCGGACGCCCCAGAGCGCCGCAAUGCUCUCACCGGACGCCCCAGAGCGUCGCGAUGCUCUCCCCGGACGCCCCAGAGCGUCGCGAUGCUCUCCACGGACGCCCUAGAGCGUCGCUAUGCUCUCCCCGGACGCCCCAGAGCGUCGCGAUGCUCUCCCCGGACGCCCCAGAGCAUCGCGAUGCUCUCCCCGGACGCCCCAGAGCGUCGCGAUGCUCUCCCCGGACGCCCCAGAGCGCCGCGAUGCUCUCCCCGGACGCCCCAGAGCGUCGCGAUGCUCUCCCUGGACGCCCCAGAGCGUCGCGACGCUCUCCCCAGCCGCCCCUGAGCGUCGUGAUGCUCUCCCCGGACGCCCCAGAGCGUCGCGAUGCUCUCCCCGGACGCCCCAGAGCGUUGUGA